AUGCGCUGGUGUACGGGAACACUUCGGGCAGCCGCCACCGGCGCCGGGAUCGCACCGACAGCCUUCCGAGAGCGCUUCGAUUUCGGCGGCCGCGAUGUUGCCUCCUGGUUCCCAGGGCAUAUGGCAAAAGGGCUGCGACAGAUGCGGGCAGCGCUGCGCCGCGCGGAUUGCCUCGUCGAGGUGCAUGAUGCUCGCAUCCCGCUGUCAGGCCGUAAUCCCAUGCUACAGGAGGCUCUGGGCAUCCGCCCUCACAUCCUGGUGUUGAACAAGAUGGACCUGGCUGAUCCCCGCAGGCAGCCGACAGUCCUGGAGCAGCUGAAGCAGCAGGGAUGCCCACACGUUGUCUUCACUGACUGCCAGCGUGAUGGCAACGUCAAGAAGAUUGUCCCCUUGGUUGCCAAGCUGGUGGCUGAGAGCCCACGAUACCACAGGGCCGAGAGCACUGCAUACAGCAUCCUGGUGAUCGGUGUGCCCAACAUGGGCAAGUCCUCGCUCAUCAACUCCAUGCGAAGGCUGCACCUCAAGAAGGGCAAAGCCACUGCAGUGGGGGGUGAGCCAGGCAUCACCAAGGCAGUGCUGACUAGAAUCCAGGUCUGCGAGAAGCCACUGGUGUACCUGGUGGACACACCUGGUGUGCUGCCCCCGAAGCUGGGGGAUGUGGAGACGGGCAUGAAGCUGGCAAUAUGUGGAGCCAUCCGUGACCACCUGGUGGGGGAGGACAUCAUGGCUGAUUACCUCCUGUACAGCCUGAACAAGCAUCAGCAGUUUGGCUACGUGCAGCGCUAUGGGCUGCCUGAAGCUUGUGAUGCCAUCGAGCCCGUGCUGAAACACGUGGCCUUUGCCCGGGGCCGGACACAGAAGGUGAAGGUGCUGACGGGCACAGGAAAUGUCAAUGUGACGAUGCUCAACUACACAGCUGCUGCCUACGAGUUCCUGAGGGACUUCCGUGCCGGACGCCUGGGCAGGGUGACACUGGACUGA